AUGUCCACCAGUGACGCGGAUACGCCAGCACAGCGGCUCAAGCGAUUCCUAUUCCUUCUUCCCAAGACUAGUGAGUUCGACUUCUCCAACAAUGUUAAAAAAGAGCUCAGAAAACAACUCUUUCUAAGUUCCACUAAUGAAGGUCAGUACCUCGAUUGGCUCUUCCCAAAGAUAUUCAAAGAAAACAGCCCCAAAGAUCAGUUAUUCGAAUCUAUUGAUGAAAAGCUCGAAUGGAAGUUCUCAGAGUACUACAAGUACAGUAUCAAGGAUGCUGCCCACCAGGUCCACAAUCACCAUGCCUUUCAUCCCAACCUGGCUUGUGCACGUAUUUUCCGUAAAGGUGAGCCUAUAUACCGGUGCCUUACAUGUGGAUUCGAUGAAACAUGUGCUUUGUGCUCAGAUUGCUACGAUCCAGAAGUGCACAAGGGCCACAAAGUGCAUAUCAUCAUAUGCUUGAGAGAGAACGGUGGAGUCUGUGACUGUGGAGACCCUGAAGCUUGGCUAAACGACUUCGACUGUUUCUACCGGCCACAAGACCAAGAAUCACGUGACAAUUCCGAUAAACUAGGGCUGGCAUUACCUCCUGGCUUUGCCGACUCUUUCAUGCGUACUAUGGAGAUCAUAUUAGACUUUGUCAUUGAUGUACUUAGUCACAGCGACCUUCAGUACGAAGAUCCCAACGAGACCACCACCACCAAAAUAGAAAAAAAUUCCAUAAACAGCACUUUGGAUCCCCAGAAGUAUGGAUUCAAUCUGAAUGAAACUAUUGACAGCACAAGUGAUAAAUUCUUUUUAAUGGUUUAUAAUGAUCAGAUCAGGCACUAUAGGGAUGCCGUCCAGCGAAUUCAUUUAGUCAGCAGGAAAGUCAAACAGUUCGCAAUCAUGGUUACCAACAAAGUUCAGUCCUAUGGAAAAGCUAAAGUUAUUAGCUCCAAGAACCUUAAUCUUUUGAUUGAACGCCAAAAACUUCUCAGUUCUACUGGUUUGGCUUCUUGCAUUCGAAAUCACCGUGAUAUAUUUCGUGAAGAUAUGUGCGAUGAAAUCUUGAGAUGGUUGAGUGAGUUCACCGAAAGUGAAUUAUUCAAAAUUAAUAACGACAUUAAAAAUUUAUUCUGUCAAGCAUUCUGUAGUAAGUGGAAUGCAGGAUUAUUGAGAUUGAAAAAUUUGAACGAUGACUACGAGUAUAAGGUAGGAACCUUGGACAAUUUGAGAAUACCCAAAGUUACCUCAAAGAAGACCACAUCCCCGACGCCAUCUCAUUGGCUGUUUACUCCCUCAAAAUGGGACUUACCAGAGGAUAUUUGCAAUAAGUGUCAAUACAAUCUUAACAUUGACGAGUAUGAUACUUUGAAGUCUCACUUUGGUUCUAGAUUCCAAUACUUAGUGUAUUUUGAUGUUCGUUUUUGGAAAUCAAUAAGGGCAAUACUUCAUGAUAUGUACUCGACAUCAUUGAUCACAAACUUAGAGUACAAAUACAUCAUCUCCUGCCAAUAUGUGGAUAUUUAUCCAACAAUUGCGAAUAUGUUCUUACUAAUGGAUCGGGAACCCGAAAUUAAUGUCAUGUGUACAUUAUCAACACAGUUAUUUACUUGUCCGUCAAAUUCCACUUCCAUAGUUCAACAUGGUGAUCUAUCAAGAAUUUUUGCGACUAUUUAUGGGUUUUUGACAACUGAAGAAAUCAAGACCCCUGAUACUAUACAAAUUACUAACCAAAUACUAAUGAAAAGUCUUAAGAACAGAAGAUGGGGCCAGAUAUUUUUUGACGUCGGCUAUAUUUUGAGUAGGUCUCGAGAUUCAAGUUUUAUUUUAACGUCCGGGAUAAUACCCAUGUCUUGCGAUAUUUUGUCAUUAUUUCAGGGGAAGCCUGCAAUCAAACGUGAGAAGGAGUCACAUAUUGAAUUUGAGAAUUCAGAUUAUACUUCAUUUUUCCAUGCUAUUCUGGUGAUUUAUCAGUUUGGUGAAUCCAUAUCCCAAUGUUUGAGUAACUUGAAGGAUUUCGAAGUCAAGAAAAGCUUGUCGAAGAACGCAAUAAUUUAUGUUAUAAGGUAUCUAUUACAAUUGGAAAAAUUAGGCAUGCUAGAAGAUUCUGGAACUAGAGAUUUGGAUUCAGAUAGCUCGCAAAGGCUAGAAGACUCUGAAAUUUUGGGUUCCAUCUCCACGAAUCCUGAAAACCGAGACUCUAAGGUCAGUUUUCUCCACCCUCUUCACUCGUUUUUGAGUUGGUUAAUUGAAGUUUCGAACUUCGAUAACUUGGGACAAUUGGCAGAAGUAUUAGACUAUGCAACAUCUUCCGAGUUCCCAAGGUCGGGGGUAAUCCAAUCAGGUGAAUUACCAAAUCCAUUAACAACCAUUUUUGACUAUCCUAUCCGAACUAUAGUGCUAAUGAGUCAAAUAAAAUCCGGUUUUUGGGUGAGGAACGGGUUCAGCAUUAGAAAUCAACUACAGUUAUACAGAAACUCAGGUUUGAGAGAAAAUGGAUACAUGAGGGAUCUUUUCAUGACGCAAGUAUUUAUAAACUCCAAUUCUCCUAAUUUGACUUGUUUCUUAAUUUUCAGCAGAUGGUUACUCAUGGAUGGCUGGAUAACAGAGAAGACGAAGUCCCUUGAAAAUGCAUGUCCUUACGAUGCUAAGACUUUGCCUUACAUUGUUGAGGAAUGUAUUAACUUCUUCAUAAAUAUACUUACCGAACACUUGUAUCUUCAGGGUUUUAAGGAAAUGAAGAUAAAGGAAAUUAGAAUCAAGAAUGAAAUUCUUCAUAAUCUUUGCUUUGAACCAAUGAACUACACCAAAUUGUGUUCUCAAAUUCCAGAUCAUAUUACUUCGGAUAAACGUUUUGACUUGAUCUUGGAGGAAGUAACUACAUUCAAAGCCCCCCAAACUGCUAAUGAUAUUGGUAUUUACCAAUUGAAGGAUGAAUACGUUGAACAGAUCAAUCCAUAUUACUUCAAUUAUUCCACGAACACCAAAGAUGAUGCUAUCAAGUUCAUUAAGGAUCAGAUACAUAAGACAACAAAAAGGCCGAUGAAUGACAUUGUUAUUGAGCCGAAGAAAGUUCAAAUUCAAAAUUUAGGGAUUUAUAGAUACAUUGGGAAUUUUUCGGUUUCAGCGUAUUUCUCUGAUUUCAUUAUUAGGACGUUGAGAUUUGUCAUUAGGGAGGGUCUUGAUGCUCUUGAAAACCUUCUAGAAACAUUACUUCACUUGAUCCAUUUAUGCUCUUUGGAGCAACUCAUUGAUAGCAACAGAUAUGGGUCAUUUUAUGAUCGAUUUGUUAAUAUUUCCGAUCAUUAUGGCUGUUCUGUUGCUUUUCUAUUGUAUCAAAUUCUUCUGGAUGAAAAAUUCAAAAGUCAUCAUGCAAAGGUCAGGGCGAUUUAUCGGGUAUUUGAAGAGAAAUAUCAGAAUCUUGCUGAUAUAUUGAACGACCAGGUGGUAGGAUUUGAUUGUAUGCUCUUAGAUUUUAAUGCUUCAACCACGAAGGAUUUGAUCGAAGAAGAGAACAAAAAAAGACUAGUUCAGGAAAGAAAGAAGAAGUUGAUGGCAAAAUUCAAGAAACAACAAUCUCUGUUCAUGAAAAACUUUAAAUGUGAAAGUGAUAUAGAAAUGGAAGACAACGAAAGAGAUAAAGGGGAAGGAACGUAUUUGAAUUCAAGUGAAGAUGAUGGCGACCAAGAGCUCUGGAAGUUCCCCGAACCUCAUUGCAUAUUAUGUCAAAAUACUUCCGAAGAUAGUGGACCUUUUGGUAUCAUCAGCUAUAUUAGCAAGAGCUCCGAAUUUAGAACAGUGCCAUUCGAUGACAGAUAUUGGUUUUUAAAGGCUUUCUCCGAUGGGCCUAAUCUUGACAAUAACGAGGAUGAAUUGGAAGUGGCAAUGGAUACUGAUCAUCACAAUUGUCAAGCACACCAUGAGGCAACCUGUGGAACCCGUGGGGAUCAUAUGGUGACUACUGCAAACUACGAAACGUUUAUGACGAAUAUUAAACAAAAUAAUGUCAUAGGGCCAGGUUUUAAGAGUAGAGGUAAUGUUGACAGUAAACUUGUUUCACUGAGCUGUGGCCAUGGAAUGCAUUUUCAAUGCUAUAUGAAUUUCUUGAUUUCAAAUAAGAACAAGUUAAAUCAAAUAACGCGGAAUGCUCCUGAAAACAUUGAUCACAAAGAGUUUUUGUGCCCAUUGUGUAAAUCGAUCAACAACAUGUUUAUUCCAAUUAUGUGGUCAUAUAAUAACAGGAAGUUAGAGGACUUUUUGUCUCCUACUAUUGACAAUCGGGGUCAAGGAGUGCUUAAUCCAUUUGAAUUUUUAUCGUCAGAUCAGAUUUAUAACAGGGAAUGGUACCAGGAAUUCACCAAUGCUGCUGACAAUGAUAUUGAAGCUUUGUCCAUAGUAAGUCCUUCAUCCAAAGAAAUGAUUGCUCCGAACCCAGCAUCUGAAUUAACGUUAGUUCAGCAACAAUUCAGAAUCCUUUUGAGCAAUAUGUUUCAGACUAUAUCGUUCUUCUCAUUUCCUCAGGUUCUUAAGGCCGAUAGUACUUACUUCCUAACAAAUACUAUCAAGUCAGUCGAAAUAUCGCUUCGAGGAGUCAGUUCAAAGUCAUCUUUAAUUAUCAACCAGCUUUCCAAUAACUCACUCACGAAUAUGCGAAUUCUUUGUGAAUUUAGAAAUACUAGUGUACUAAUGAAAAUCAAGGAUUGGAUUCAUUUGCCAAUUCGAAAGGGUGAUGCAUAUACGAAAAUGUUGUCUACUUUAUUCUCAUUAGCGAAAGGUACCAUGAGCGAUACCAUCUUAGAGGGUGACUUUUUCGAGAUUCUAGUUAAUUCCUUGCCUAUUAAAUCAAUGGGAUUUUCAUUCAACGCCAUUUUGUCGACAUGCUUUAUGGGUCAUAUCUUACAAGUUUUCAAUACGUUGGUUGGAGAAUUGAGUGGCCAUAACUAUUAUAUGUCAGAAGAUUUCAGCGUGUACGAUGUACCCAUUAUUUCAGGAUUGUCGAAAGAAAUCAAACAGAACAUUUUGGAAUUAUUCUCCCGCUUUACCAAUGGUGAUGCGACAUCAAUUCCGAAUAAUGAGAGAUUGGGAGAUGUUUUGUCGUCUAUGCUAAUCAAGGCGUGCACUCCAUUUUUAAGAAGGGCCGCCAUUUUACUGGUAGUAUUGUGUGCCAAGUUUGAUUUGAGUGAAUAUGAAAAUUUCAGAAUCGAGGAACUUGAAGCAGAUAGAUUAUGUUCCUUCUUGAACCUCAAUAGCAUCUCACAGUACUUGUCAAAGUUUGUGAACUUAGAUGACUCAACAACAUACGAGUAUUCUACACUCAGUGACUUUUUAAUUCAUAUCAAAACUCGAAGUUCUUCUGCCGAUCAGUUAGAAAUGAGGAAACAACUUGAGUAUCCAGGAAUCAUUAAAUUGGUUGCAUUGCCUGAACGAUUGGACUUGUUUUUCAGCAACUACUACUAUUCGGAUAUGUACAAUAGUCCUCACGUUACAAUUGAAGAUCCUGCUAUAUGCUUGUUCUGUGCUGAGGUUGUGGAUGCGCAAAAGGCUGCUAUUGGAUGCGAAGAAGGUCAAUGCACAACUCAUUUCCUUCGUGAGUGUGCAAACGAAAUAGGAAUUUUCUUAUUGGCAAAAGAUAGAAGUCUAUUGCUCUUGCAUAAAAAUGGUGGAUCAUUCCAGCAUGCUCCGUUCUUGGAUCAUCAUGGCGAACUACCCGGUGAAACACGAAAGUCGAAACCAUUGUAUCUAAUGAAGCUGAGAUACGAUGAUUUCAUUAGAAACUUUUGGCUUCAGCACAAUAUUCCCAACUUUAUUGCUCGGAGUCUCGAUGGUGUAUUGGAUGGGGGAGGUUGGGAUACCUUAUAG